CUGUUCCAAAAUAACCUGGUUCCUCUCCACUCUUCAGUGACAAUUUCCGGUAAACGCCAUAGUCUCCGACCCGGAGAGGGAUCUGCCGCCGUCAACCGAAAACCCUUACCUGACUGUGGCGACAUCACUUCUAGAUUCCAGUGCUUGCAGAGCUAGAAAUGCGGCUCUAGGUCUGCCUCUGGACUCAGAUUCUUGUUAACUUGGGAAGUUGAAAUGAAAACAGGACCGUUUGGAUAACAGGAAUUGCAGCAGCUAUGAUGCGGCUCCUUAAAAUCGAAGGAUUACUGUCACAUAUUGACUCAAAAAAGGCUUUCAAAUUUGCAUAUGUCAAAAGAUUCUUGUGUGCGGGUACAGGAAAUUGUGAUCAACAAGGGAGAGGCAUAGAAUUUUCAAACACAUCUGAGUGUUUAGGUAAAGAAGGAGUUACUGGGCAAUGGAAGAACCAAGAAUACACUAGCAAAUUGGACGGUGUUAGACAAGUAGUAGAUAGCAUUUGCAAGGUUUUGGAGAGUGGUCCGUUGGGACCUUCCUUGGAGAACGCUUUAUCUGAUAAUGACGAAAAACACGAUACUGAUGUUGUAAUUGGAGUCUUACGGAAGCUAAAGGAUGUAAAUGUUGCAAUAGACUAUUUCCGUUGGGUUGAGAAGAAAAAUGACCAAACUCAUUGCCCAGAAGCAUAUAAUUCACUUCUUAUGGUACUGGUGAGGAGCAGAAAUUUUGAGCACUUGGAGCAGAUAUUCGAAGAAAUGAGUCUUGCUGGGGUUUGUCCUUCUAGUAGAGUUUGCAUUGAAUUCGUUACAGGAUGUGUUAAGAGGCGGAAAUUCAAAGAAGCAUUUGAUCUAAUUCAAACCAUGAGGAAAUUUAAGUUUCGCCCAGCAUUUUCAGCAUAUACAGCAUUAAUAGGUUCCUUGUCUGAAGUACAGGAACCCGAUCUUAUGUUGAACCUCUUUCAUCAGAUGCAGGAGUUAGGAUAUGAAGCAAAUGUCCAUUUGUUCACAACAGUGAUUCGAGCAUUUGCGAAAGAGGGCCGAGUAGAUGUGGCUCUAUCGUUGUUGGAUGAGAUGAAAAGCAACUCCUAUAAUGCGGAUAUUGUCCUCUACAAUGUUUGCAUUGACUGCUUUGGUAAGGCGGGUAAGGUCGACAUGGCUUGGAAAUUCUUUAAUGAAAUGAAGGCCCUUGGGAUCAUGCCUGAUGAAGUGACCUAUACUAGCAUGAUUGGUGUUCUCUGUAAAGCUAAUAGACUUCUCGAAGCUGUUGAGCUAUUUGAGCAGAUGGAGCUAAAUAGGGCAGUUCCUUGUGCAUAUGCAUACAACACAAUGAUCAUGGGUUAUGGAUCUGCUGGCAAGUUCGAUGAAGCAUUCAAAUUACUAGAGAGGCAGAGGCUAAAGGGUUCAGUACCAAGUGUGAUUGCAUAUAACACUAUCCUUACUUGCCUCGGGAGGAAGAGAAGGGUAGAUGAGGCAUUACACAUUUUUCAGGAGAUGAAAAAAGACGCAGCACCAAAUCUAUCAACAUAUAAUAUUCUCAUUGACAUGCUUUGCAAAUCAGGGAAGCUUGAGACUGCUUUUCAAAUUCGUAAUGACAUGCAAGCGGCUGGUUUGUUUCCCAAUAUAUUAACUGUGAAUAUAAUGAUUGAUCGUCUGUGCAAGGCAAACAAACUCGACGAAGCUUGUUCAAUAUUUGAAGGAAUGGAUAAAAAAGUUUGUAUGCCCAAUGAAGUUACAUUUUGUUCCCUAAUUGAUGGAUUGGGCAGGCAUGGGAGGUUGGAUGAUGCAUACCGACUCUACGAAAAAAUGUUAGAUUCUGACAAAACACCACCUAAGGGUCCUGUUGUUUACACAUCUCUGAUCAAGAACUUUUUCAAAUGUGGGAGAAAGGAGGAUGGUCACAAAGUGUACAAGGAAAUGGUUCGUAGAGGGGUCUCUCCUGACCUCUCCCUCCUUAACACCUACAUGGAUUGUGUUUUUAAAGCAGGAGAAACAGAUAGAGGCCGGGCACUUUUUGAUGGAAUCAGGAGUUGGGGAUUGACACCAGAUGUGCACAGCUAUUCCAUAUUAAUCCAUGGUCUCACUAAAGCCGGCUUUGCCCAGGAGACAUAUGAGCUAUUCUAUGCGAUGAAAAAACAUGGAUAUGUUUUGGAUACACAGGCGUAUAACAUUGUCAUAGAUGGAUUCUGUAAAUCGGGGAAAGUUAAUAAAGCUUACCAACUGCUGGAGGAAAUGAAGACAAAAGGUCUGCAACCCACUGUGAUAACAUACGGCUCGGUCAUUGACGGGCUAGCCAAGAUUGACAGGCUUGAUGAAGCAUACAUGCUUUUUGAAGAAGCCAAAUCUAAACGUGUUGAUUUGAAUGUGGUGGUGUAUACCAGUUUAGUGGAUGGGUUUGGGAAAGUUGGUAGGAUAGAUGAGGCACAUCUAAUCAUGGAAGAAUUGAUGCAAAAAGGGUUGACUCCAAAUGUACAAACAUGGAAUUGCUUGCUUGAUGCACUUGUGAAAGCAGAAGAAAUAGAAGAGGCUCUUGUCUGCUUCAAGUCAAUGAAGGACUUGAACUGCCCUCCUAACUUAGUUACAUACAGCAUCCUCAUAAACGGGCUUUGCAGGAUUCGGAAGUUCAAUAAAGCCUUUGUCUUUUGGCAGGAGAUGCAGAAAGAAGGCUUAAAGCCAAAUACGAUCACGUACACGACCAUGAUUUCAGGGCUUGCAAAGGCAGGAAAUGUGUCGGAAGCUGAUAAACUCUUCCGGAAAUUCAAGGCGAAUGGAGGCAGACCAGACUCUGCUUGCUACAACACUAUGAUAGAAGGGCUGAGUGUUGCAAACCGGGCAACUGAAGCGUACCAACUGUUUGAGGAAAGCCGAUUGAGAGGGUGUAUUAUAUGUACCAAAACAUGUGUUUUUCUCCUAGAUGCGCUGCACAAAGCUGAGUGUCUUGAGCAAGCUGCCAUUGUAGGUGCCGUGCUGAGAGAGAGAGCCAAAUCGCAGCACGCUUCAAGAUCUUUGUAAUUCUUCUUCAAAUCUAACUCUUCUGAAUAGGUCUUUGUUGUCAAACUUGAUUAGCUUCUUGGCUCAUCAUCCUUAGCCCCGUCUCCGAGCCAUAAGGCGUGGUGGUCAAGCAUCUCCCUUGGUUGUAAAAUAUUUAGAUGAUACCCCAAUACGGUAAGCAAGAGGAUUACUGGAGUUGGAAUGCAAGCUAGUUGUCUAAUCUUAUUUUUAUUUAAAUAGUUGUGGUUGUAAAAUAGUCCUUCCCCUGUACCUUUAGGGGAAAGCUUUUUGCACAAACUAAGUUUUCCAGAAUAAAGUUUUAUUCUUAUG